UAGUCAGUUCGACCCGUCACAGCAACAGCUGGAAGAAAGUCACCAUGUUUUCUCGUAUUUGCAGGCUUCGUGCACCUACUUCUUCAUGUCUCAGACAAUUCUCAGCAUCAUCUGAGAGGUGUUUGCCAGCUCAGAUCAUCGAUGGGAAGAAGAUAGCCGAUGAUGUCUUGAAGGAAAUCAAAGCUGAGACAGAUGAGUGGAUUGCACAAGGCAACAGACCUCCACAGCUGAGUGUAGUUCUUGUCGGAGAGGAUCCUGCUAGUUCGGUCUAUGUCAAGAACAAAGCCAGGGCGGCCUCAAGAGCAGGUAUCACUUCAACAACGAUCAGAAAACCAGACACCAUUUCUCAGAAAGAGCUCCUGGCCAUCGUUGACGACCUCAACCAAGAUCCCAAUGUGGAUGGCAUCCUGGUGCAGUUACCGGUCCCACCUCACAUGGAUGAGAGGACGAUAUGUGAUUCUGUGAUACCAGAGAAGGAUGUUGAUGGUUUCAACAUGGUCAACAUCGGCAGGCUGUGUUUAGAUUUACCGUCUGUCAUCCCGGCCACACCGUAUGGUAUAUGGGAACUCAUCAAGCGAUCAGGUAUUGAUUUGUUUGGCAAGAAUGCUGUCGUCUGUGGGAGGUCAAAGAAUGUUGGAAUGCCGAUCGCAACACUGAUGAAUGCCGAUGGAGCUCAUGCCUCUGGUAUGGGCCUGGAUGCUACCGUCACCCUGUGCCAUCGCUACACACCUCCAGAGCAAUUGAAUCGCUUUGUAAAGACUGCCGAUAUCAUCGUCAUCGCUGUGGGUAUACCCAACCUGAUCAGGGGGGACAUGGUUAAGGAUGGUGUGGCUGUCAUCGAUGUCGGUAUCAACAGGGUCAAGGAUGAGGAGACGGGGAAGUUCAAGCUGGUCGGCGAUGUCAAUUAUGAAGAGGUCUCGCAGAAGGCCAGUUACAUCACCCCAGUCCCUGGUGGUGUAGGACCAAUGACGGUAGCCAUGCUCAUGAAGAACACCAUGGAAGCAGCCAAGAGGAACAUCGAACGUCAAGCUCAGGCAGCUUCAGCAAGCAGCUGAUUACCGACCUAGCACCAGUGGCACCGAAACAUUCUAUGCAGACAAAGGGUAUGGGGGUUGAACCGUUGUUAAUAUGUAAUAGUCUGCUCUCCAAAAGCUCUGUUUGGCUAGAGUGUUCCGGCACAACUGCCUAACACACACCCGACACACUUCAGACUCGGUAUGAACCCAAUAUUAACCCAUUAUGGACACGGUAAAGGCUAGAAACUAAGUACAUCUAGAAGAUCUCAAGCAUCACAUAGUCUCCUCUAUUCAGGUAGCUGCCUUAAUCUUCUUUUUUCAGAUCUAAGCUUCCAUAUUAUUGUCUACGAAUGUGGUCUGUGUUCAAUGUUUUUCAGGCUUUUGCAUCAAUUUACAAGUGCCAUCUUUGACAUCAGGGGACGAUUUCAUGAAACAAAUAAUCAGUGAUUCCCACUGACUAUCGUUAUAAGCUACUGCAGAUCUUUGCAUCUUAUUGGCUGAAAGCAAAUUAAUCAGUGAAAAUCACUGACUUGUUAUGAAAAUGUUCCCCAGAUUAUUCAGGGGGGUGUUUCCCAAAGAUUUAAGUAUGACUUCUAGUUGCACUUAAAUGGCGACACGUAAAUGAUAUACAACGCGCAAUCUUAUUGAUCAAUACGCAGUAGUGCGCGUCCUCCUGGCAUGAUCUGACCUAUGCUUUCAUGCCUUUUAUGCAGCACGCAACUAGGCAUUUAAGUGUGACUCUAAGUCAUACUUAAUUCUUUGUGAAACACCCCCCAGGUCACCUUGUGAAAUGUGUUUGAUAAAGUAUGUAAGCACUAGAAAGCUGCAGGGUAAGUCUUACUUGUCAUGAGCCUUGUCAUCAUGGAAUGCAGGAAUACCCAUGUACAUUUCACUAAAGUCUUUUGCUACUACACCUACACCCACCUUCACUUGUUUGUAUAGUCUCCAAAUAAUAGUAGGUAUAUGUAACUUCUGAAGGUUUCCAUGGUGAAGAAGAAUAGUGUAGUAGGUUUCAUGGUACACCAUGUAUCUUUCUUGGGCAAGUGUUGGUCCUGAAAAGGACCACCCAAAUUCAAUGUUUCGACAAGUGUGUUCUUGUCAGCUUCAGGACAAUUGGUGGUCCUUUCUAGGACCAACACUUGCCCGAGAAAGAUGGUGUUCCAUCAAACCUACUACACUAGUUUUAUAUAAUCUCAGAAUGUAUUUGUAUUUAUUCUUUAUUUCCUUUUUUAAAUUAAAAAAAAUCUAAGGAAAUUGCAAUUAAAUUGAACAGUGGACAAAGUGACAAAAAUUCUUUUUAUUUCUCCUAACUUGGUUCAUAAGGUUAGUCUGCUAUGUAAUAAAUAAGGGGAUGAACACUUAGCAGGGUUUUUUUUGUGGGGGGGAGGGCACUUCACCAAAAAUAAUAAUAGGUUUUUGAAUGAAACAGAGUUGCCAACCAUUGAAAAUAACCCCCCCCCCCCCAAACCCAGAUAUUUCAUCUUUGAUUUCCAUUCCUGAUUUCGUCAGCCAUUAGUUUUGUCUGGGCUCUGUGGCAUAAAGAAGAUAAACUAUUGAUAUUCCCAAUCAAUUUUAUUUUUUGUACAUGGUUUUUCAAAGACUUCAAUUGCAAUCAAUUACGUCUGAAUGUAUCUUUAAUGUCAUAGGGUCCAUGUUAAUGAGAACAUGGCAUGUAUUCUAGAGUCAUUCAUUAGUUUGUAUGGGUAUUGUACAAAUAUUUAUCAUACAUUAUAUAGUAACACACAUUCAUAGCAAUCAAUGUAUUUAUGGAAAAUUCAAAUUAGUUCAAGAAUUCAUUUCAAAAGACCUUAGGAGAACUCUCAUCAGGAUCUAAAUUUAGAUUCUAUAUUGUAAUAGAUUACUCUGUUUAAGGGAGUCUGUAUAAAACACAUGUACAUGUAUUUAUCUAUACAGUAUUUAUAUAAUGUCAGAUAUUUUUUCAGGAUAUAUGUAUAUCUUUUUUUAAAGUCUGAUAUUGUACCAAGGAUAUUUCCUUUAUUGUAAAAAGGGUCUUUAUUGUAAAAAGGCUCCAGUCGUUUUCAACUGGUUUGAAAUGUCAUUUGCUUCUUCCUAUUUGGGAGAACAGUAUAGAAUCUGAAUCAUUGUAGAGGCUUUACGGAACACCAUGUAUUCUCUUGUGGGUUUGUGCUUGGUCCUGAAAAGGACCAUCCAAACUCAAUGUUUCAAAAAGUAUGUUCUCCGCCUCUUCUGGGCCGCAUUUCAUAAAAAGUUGCUAUAAUAGCAACUCUUGCUGGAAUGUCGACUUUCAUUGGAAGAGCCAAUCAGGAAGCAGAACUUUCACUGUUUUCAUGGCAGCUGACAUUCCAGCAAGAGUUGCUAUCAUUAUCAACUUUUUAUAAAAUGCGGCCAGAAAAAUCAGCAAAAUUUGGUAAAAGCAAUGUGUUUUUUGAGAAGUUAAAGGAGAACAUGUUUUGUUAAAAGCUUAAUAUCUUUGAGAACUAGAUAGCCUACUACACUCCUAAAGCCAGCUCCCACUCUGCAAUUCACUUUAAAGAUCUAUUUCAAUUACUCUCCGAUGAAUUUUGAUUAAAGCUUCAUUAAUAAGUUCAAGUUUUGUGCUUGUAUCAAAAUUGACUUGAAGUUUGGGAGGAUGUUCUCUUAUGAACUUAUUUAUACCAGAAGAAGAUCAUUUUGUGCUCAAGCCUAUUUUAUUGGAUGGAACUAGAAUUGUACUUUCAUAUAAAUAUAUCAAUAACUUGAUCUAUUUUUCUAUUGCACAGAGCAAUACUUAGAUUUCAAGUACUUACUUUUUAAAACUUUGAGCUUCUCUUAUGUCUUUUGUCAAAGCAUAGAAGAUAUUUUAAUCAUGAAUUCAAUUCUAUAUGAAUGUUGAUUGAUAUAAACAAGUGGCCUCUAUUUUUUUAAUAUGGUUCUUGAUUUUAGCAGAACAUAGAGAAAUACUCUAGUCACAACAAUGAAACCAACUGAUACAAGAUUGUGAAAAUAUUCUGAAUGGCGUAUCGUUAGCCGAUUCUUGUUGUCAGGACUGUAGUAUAAUACAUAAGUGUAUUUGAGAAAUUGUUUGUGUGUUCAGGAAAAUAAUAAUUAUCACUAUCAUUUAUUGAGGGAACUCUUUCUUAAUCUGCGAAACAAAUUCUUCUCAGCCAAAGAUAAUGUCACUGCAUGGAAGGUGAUGAUGAUUUUUUUUUCAUUAUUAUGAAUUUAAUCCUGUUAAUUUAAUGCUUGAUACUUAAUUAAUCCACCUUGUUUGUUAUAUACUUUAUUUCAUCCCACUUUUUUAACCUUUAAAAAGGAAACAUAUAUUUUAAAACUGUUUAAACACCCCAUUUAUGUGGAUUAAACGUUCUACAUGUUCGUCCAUCAUAGAUGUAUGUCAAAAAUGUUGCCAAUGAUCGUUAAAUGACUUGUCAUCAUUUGAUCAUUUAUGAAUAUCUACCAAAGUCUAAUAUCAGAAAGAGUUUUUGUCAGAAAUUUAGUUGAAUGAAAGUGAUCUCAAAUAUAUA